GUGGCAGCAACAAAAUGCGACCAGGCGCUGGGUCGACGAGCACCAUGCGGCGCAGUGGACGACGACAACCACUUGAUCAUAGACAGUUGCUUGGACUGUCUUUGAGGUGGAUGGCUGUGGCGGCGCUGCUGCUGGUCGUGAUGCUGGCUGGCGUAGGAUUGGAAAUGGCUGGCGUGUCAGGUUCAUCAGUGUCAAACGCAUUAGCGGACCAGUCCGACGAGCUUGCCCAGUGCCGGGCAGCGCUGGUCAAAGCCCACCAGGCAAAUACUCGAGAUACGCCCGGCGACUCGCGGCGACGAGCUGCCAUCGACUCGGAUUUGCCAUGCAAAGACCGCCAAGUAUGUAUGCCGCAGCAGGACGAGGACGUGUCAAGCAACAACCAUCACGCACUGCAUGCCUCGAUAGAAGAUAAAGUCAAGCGAAAGCAAGUGCAGCUACAAGGACGGAGCGUUGUGCACACGAGCAUCCAGCGCCCAGCCGAGCAGCGUCCGGCUGAAAUUGUGAUUGGAAUCAUGUCGGCUCGCCACCACUUUGAGCACCGCCAAGCACUCCGAGACACGUGGGUUGGCUAUGCGCAACGAUCGAGCCAUCUUUCGAGUCGAGUUCACAUUCGAUUUGUGGUUGGCGACGAUACGUGUGCCAUUCCUGUCGAGCAGCGACAAGAUCCGUACGGCUGCGAAUGGGCUGCAACGUCUGCACAUCCAGAUUUGCAGGCAAACAUUGUGGCAUACACUGUGCCCUCUGGAACAACUGGAAACCACGACUUUAACGGUCCCAUUGGCAUGGAUUUCACCACCAAUCACCCUGUCGUGCUCACCCAUCUUGGGGUGUUUGACAGUGGCAGUGACGGAUUGAAACGGAAUUUGACGGCAUCCCUGUACUUGCCUCAUCAUCGGCAAUUGGCCGCAAGAAUGACCUUCACGCCAGACGACCCAGGAGAAUUGAUUGCAGGCUCUCGCUUCAAGCCGCUCAGCACGGCACUCGUGUUGCCAGCGGGAUACAUAUGGUCCAUCGUUGCCGAGGGCUACGGUGCCGAGGAACCUGCGCACAACAUUGCUGGCCAACACGGCACGCAGAAUGAUGGGGGUGGGUUGUUGACGUUCAUGAAGCAAAGUCGAUUUGGCCAUCUGCCACUCGAGCUUCCGGACUCUGAAGAAAGUGCACGAGCUGAAAGCAAUCAAUACGCCGCUGGCACGUUUGUUUACCAUGCUGAAGACUCGGUGCGUGCGUUGACGUCUCAACACACCCAAGUGAGCAAGGAGGACCGAGAACAGCUGGAAGCAGCAUCGAAGCUUGCAAUCGCCGCAGAAACUGCCAAGCUCGUGCAAGAGCACCGGGAGCAUGGCGAUAUGCUGAUUCUGCCCAACUUUGUCGACACGUACCGCCGCCUGCCACAAAAGGUGCUGGCGUUCUACACUUGGGUGACAGAGGAGCACCCUCGAUCGUCCUUCACGCUGAAAAUUGACGACGAUUGCUUUGCGAAUCUCGACGAGAUUUUCGCUGGCAUCAGUCGGCUCGAGCUCCGUUCGCAAUCCAGCAUUUGGUGGAGCCGAUUUCGGACUGACUGGCCGGUGGAUCGCUGGGGAAAGUGGAAAGAGUCAGAGUACACCUCCCCAGUCUACCCAGCUUUUGCAUGCGGAGGAGGCAAUGUGCUUUCGAUGGACCUGGUCCGCUGGCUCGCAGCCAACCGGCAGUAUCUCCACCCCUUCCAAGGCGAGGAUGUCUCUGUUGGGAUUUGGCUUGCUCCACUCCAUCCAACCACAGUUGCAGACUACAACUGGCACGUGCUGCCUGGGCACUGCAACAGAUUAAUGUACACCAUGCCAGAGCUGACGCCCGCGAAAAUUCGGCAACAGUGGAGCGACUUCCAAGCUUGUCAAAACCCGUGCGGCUGCAUUCGCUCAGAGGCACUCGCUCCACAGCAUGUACUAGAGCAGGCAAUGGGUGGUGGCGGUCUCGAUGCCGACAACCAGCCGAUUCUUCCAAUUGUGCAGCUGAUCCCUUCUGAAGGUCCUCGCGCACCAUUGAUUCCCAAUCACCAUCGCGAUGAGCAUGGUGACCACGAUGACUUGUAAUAACUUUUAUGCACAUUGCUUGGAAUUUAUCACUCUACAUCCAAUCGAAAAUUCUAAUUUGUAGCAAAAAAAUUACAAAACGCCCUUCA